AUGAUGCCGGAAAAUUGCUCCAGGAAAUCCGUUUCCAGACUGUUCGACUGCCUAUCGAAGGAAAUUGAAAAACAGCAGCCAAAAAACGUUAUUCAUUUUAUGGUCGACUUUUUAUGUAAAAAUUAUGGUUCACAUUUGAGGGGAUUUGCCCACGUCUGGGAUGUAGGGGGAAGGCCAAACUGCGGCAAAACAUUUAAACAUAGGAAAAAGGAAAAAUGCGUCUUUUUUUUUUUUUUAUUUUCCAUUUUUUCCUUAUGGACUUGCUUCUCAGAUUUGGAACUGGAGAAGGAAAAAAAACUAGUGAUUGAGUUUUUUAAGAGCCAGAAAUUAACCACAGAAAUUGCCAAGCAUUUCAUCAGCGUCGGAUUUGACAGUAUGGAGUCUCUGCUAUACUUGAACGCGCAUGUUUUGGACGACAUCGAAAAGUUUAACAACGUGAAUUGGCUGCCCGGACAUAAAAUAAGACUGCAGGUGGGGGAAUCUGCCGUGGACUCCGCAAAGGAGUUGCCUCCAGGCACAAUGUUGCGGGGGGUUUGCGCGUCCAUUGGGGGGAUUAUUCCCCGUAUCUUUCCCCCUUUCCUCAUUCCCCCUUUCACCAUUCCUUACCCCCCAACGCAGCAAAUGUUUUCAAACAUCCAGGAGAACAUCAAAACGUUCUAUGCGGAGUAUGACAAGGAUGACGUAAAAUGCGGCCUCGAUUACAGCGCAUUGAGAGUAAGUCCGGGGAGGCAAAAAAGAAAAGAAAAAAAAAAAAAAAGAAAACUGUGA